AUGGCCCGCACCGAGACCGUCGUCGACGAUGACCCGCUCACGCUUGCGCUCGCCCCGCCGCCCAAUGAGACAGAGGCACAGAGAGAAGCGCGGCUCAAGGCCGAGACCGAGGCACGCCGGGUCAGCGAUCGCAUCGACGAACAGCUCAAGGCCGAGCGGGCCGCGCUCAGGAGGAAGAAGCCCGUGAAGGUGUUGCUGCUCGGCCAAAGCGAGAGUGAUUUCCAGAUCACAUAUUCGCCGAGGGCAUGGGCAGAAGAGCGCGCAUCAUGGCGCACCAUCGUCCAGUUCAACCUCGUCCGGAACGUCAACGCGAUCCUCGACGUGCUCUCCGAGGAGAUGGCCGCGGCCGAGCCCACGCGCCGACCGCCCACCGCCAUCGACUCGGACGUGACAGACGACGAGGCAGACACGCAGCACGCGCGGCGCUCAGACAGCCCGCUGCGCUUCACGGACCAGCACAGCCUGCUCAAGCUGCGUCUCGCGCCGCUCCGGGAGCUGCAGAAGGACCUCGAGGAGUACAUCGGCGUGUCCUCGACCGAGGAGACGGACGCGGACGCGGACGCGCGGCCGCGCUCGCAGGAGGGCUUCAUCCGGGCGAACAGCACGUGGAAGCUGAACCUCAAGGCGUUCGACCGCCAGGCGCAGGGCGCGAUGCAGCGCAGCAAGGAGUCGCGCGCGCGGGACACUGCGGAGAUCAUCGCAGGGUGCGCGGAGGACAUGCGUGCGAUCUGGGAGGACCCGACGGUGCGGCAGAUGCUGCGCAGGCGCAAGGUGCGGAUGGAGGCCGCGUCUGGGUUCUUCCUGAACGACGUCGAGCGCAUUGCGCAGCGGGACUACCAGCCAUCCAACGACGACAUUGUGCGCGCACGGCUGCGCACGCUUGGUGUGCAGGAGUAUCGCAUAAACUUCGAGAAAGGUCCAGCCGCGGGUUCAGAGUGGUGCCUCUACGACGUCGGGGGCUCUCGCACGCAGCGCGCGGCGUGGUUCCCGUACUUCGACGACUGCGACGCGAUCAUCUUCCUCGCGCCCGUGAACUGCUUCGACGAGCGGCUCGCGGAGGACCGCAAGGUGAACCGCCUCGAGGACAGCUACGUGCUCUGGCGGCUCGUCUGCGCGUCGAAGCUGCUCGCGCGGACGCAGAUCAUCCUCUUCCUGAACAAGUGCGACCUGCUGGACCAGAAGCUCAAGAGCGGCACGCGCGUGCGCGACUACGUGCGCAGCUUCGGCGACCGCUCGAACGACGUGGACACCGUGAGCAAAUACUUCUCAACGCACUUCAAGGAGAUAUUCAAGCGCAAUUCCCCCGAGCCACGACAAUUCCGCGUGCACAUGACGUCUGUCAUCGACACACAAGCGACUGCCAUCACCCUGGGCAUCGUAUCACGAAAUGUGGCUAACAUUCCUACUUUUCAGUUGAAGAGGGCAUUUUGCAAGCUCAUCUUCGAUCUGUCGACCUCAUCUGAGCCGGUUACUCAUCUCUCCUAA